AAGAAAAACAUAGCAGAGCAGCCGAAGCUUAUCCUUUUGGCGGCGCCCGUUUGAACGAACACAUUGCAGUUUGGUUUUGAAGCAACCAAAAUCUCAUUUUUAUUCAUGGCAGUCUCCAAUUCUGUUCUACCCAUCGUCCCUUUUAGUAUCUAUUCAUCUUCAUCUCCUGUAAAAAACCAUCACCAAAGCAGCUUAAUUCUGAAUCAGCUCAGCUCAUUUAGAGGGUUGGCUAUCAACUGUUCAGCUUCUUCUGAUAUGGGUGCCUCCUCACUCCCAGACCCCAUGAACUUGAGGCACAACCAUAUGUCAUCUCUGGCUCCCUUUGGAGUGCAAAUGAAUGACAAUCCAUCUUACAAAUGGCGAAGGGUUUUGCUUAAAGUAAGUGGAGAAGCAUUAGCGGGAGAUCACACUCAAAACAUUGACCCAAAGAUUACAAUGGCUAUAGCAAGGGAGGUUGCAUCAGUGACUCGCCUGGGCAUUGAGGUUGCAAUUGUGGUCGGUGGGGGUAAUAUUUUUCGUGGCUCCUCUUGGGCUGGGUGUAGUGGACUUGAUCGUUCAUCUGCCGAUUACAUCGGAAUGCUAGCAACUGUAAUGAAUGCUAUGUUUCUUCAAGCGACAAUGGAGAGCAUCGGCAUCCCAACACGUGUCCAGACUGCAUUUCGUAUGUCAGAGGUUGCAGAACCAUAUAUACGUAGAAGGGCCGUGAGGCAUUUGGAGAAAGGGAGGGUCGUCAUUUUUGCUGCUGGAACUGGUAAUCCGUUCUUCACCACUGACACUGCCGCAGCGCUUCGCUGUGCAGAAAUCAAUGCAGAAGUUGUGUUGAAGGCCACAAAUGUAGAUGGGGUAUACGAUGAUGAUCCUAGGCGUAAUCCAAAUGCCCGGCUUCAUGACACACUGACUUAUCAUGAGGUGACUUCAAAAGAUCUCUCGGUGAUGGACAUGACUGCCAUUACUCUGUGCCAAGAAAAUAACAUUCCCGUUGUUGUCUUCAACUUAACAAAAGCGGGGAACAUCGCAAAAGCAAUUAAGGGGGAGAGUGUCGGUACAUUGAUCGGCGGAACAUGGAAUUCAACAGUGGCAACGGCAUGAACAAGAUACUUUGAUGUUGUUGUAAUUCAUUGAUGAAACAUAAGCAUAAUGAGAGCUUUUCCAGGGUAAGUUUCCUGGAGAUUACAUAUGAGGAACUGAAGCAAGAAAUCAAAUGCACUCUUUUGACUGAUGAAAUGCUGGUUUCUGCACAAAAAUAUGUGGAUCGCCGACACUUUUGAAAAUUGUAGCCAUCUUAAUCAAACAGUUAAUUAUUGAAUGAUUUCUAUAUCAA